AUGCUGGCAGGCAUCCAAAGGGCCCUCCCAAGACUCACACGAGCGCUAAGCGCGGCUGCUUUGGCAGUUCAACCGCACCUGCAAUUCCGCCAGGAGACAGUCGCCCUUCUCCCUGUGCUCCUCUUACCGCGACAGGGGCUGUUCUCGCAAUGCGGCCAGCGCAGAGGCCUGCACCAGUCGGCUCAGAAAAGGUCAUCGUCGGGUCAUUCCGAAACCACCGAUUCUAGGCUGAAAGAUGCCGGGAGGCAGAUUAUCGACGACUAUGCCCGCUUGAGGGAUAGCUACUCCGCCCCGCGAUACCCCAUCGUCCUAGCCCACGGCCUCCUAGGCUUUUCGGAGCUCCGUCUUCCCCUCCCCUUCCUACCACCAAUACACUACUGGCACGGCAUCACCGGCGCCCUCCGGACCCUCUCCCCCUCCCUCCAGAUCGUCACCCCAACUGUGCCCGCCUCCGCCUCCAUUGCCGUACGCGCCGAAGCGCUCGCCGCCUCCAUCGAGGCCGAAAUCCCCCCGGACCAACCUGUCAAUGUCAUAGCACACUCCAUGGGCGGCCUGGACGCCCGGUACAUGAUCUCCGUCCUGCGGCCCCGCCUUCGCGUCGCCUCCCUCGUCACCGUCGCCACCCCGCACCGCGGCAGUCCUUUCGCCGACUACAUGCUCGGCCCCGUCCGCCUGUCCUCCUGGUACCCCCGCAUCGGCCCCGCCCUCGGUUCCGGGUCCGGAGACGCCUUCGCCCAGCUGUCCCCGCGCUAUCUCGCCCAAGACUUCAAUCCUUCCGUCCCCGACGUCCCCGAAGUUCGCUACUUCAGUUUCGGCGCCUGCGUUCGCUCCGAGGACCCUCCCGGUCUCCUCAGCCCGUUCCGAUUGAGCUGGCAAGUCGUCAACGACGCCGAGGGGCCCAACGAUGGGCUCGUCAGCGUCGCGAGCAGUCGUUGGGGCGAAUACCGCGGUACCCUCGUCGGUGUGUCCCACCUAGAUCUCAUCAACUGGACCAACUGGCUCCGCUGGGAGGCCCGCCGCCUCUGGACGGGGCGGAAGAGGACCUUCAACGCCGUGGCGUUUUAUCUAGACAUUGCCGAUAUGCUCGCGAAAGAGGGCCUUUGA